UGUCACCACAACUGUCAAGUGUCACAUUUUUCACGUGUUUACAGCUGCAUGAAGCAUUUUUACAAGUUUCUUGGAUUUUUGGUAGUUUCGUCUUAUUUUAAUUUAAAUCAUGGGAAAAAUCAAGACUGAACCUAUCGAGCAAGACACUUCCGUUGUAUCUGUAGCGAAUGUAACAGUCAAAGAAGAGGACUCUUAUGAUGACAAACUAAAGUAUGUGAACAGCAUUGCACAGCCAAUGGCCUCGAAGAAAAUGUCCAAAAAGUGCUAUAAACUUAUUAAGAAGGCGAUGAAACAUAAAACUUACCUGCGUAAUGGUCUUAAGGAUGUGCAGGCUCGUCUACGCAAAGGCGAAACUGGCAUUUGCAUCUUCGCUGGUGACGUUACACCCAUUGAUAUUAUGUGCCACUUGCCGGCUGUUUGCGAAGAGAAGGGCAUACCGUACGCCUACACACCAAGUCGUGCUGAUUUAGGUGCCGCUAUGGGUGUCAAACGUGGCACAGUGGCGUUAUUGGUGCGCGAACAUCAAGAUUAUCAAGAUUUGUUCGAUGAAUUGAAACACGACAUGGCCGGCUUGGGUGUGCCAGUUUGAGAACUAUUUAGCAGUUUUAUGUCUACUUUAGCUUAAGAGAUUUCCUAGUUUAAAUAAAAUAAUAAAUUGUACAAAAAAAACGG